CCAAAAACGGGGCGUUUUUCCAGCACGGCUAAAAACGCGGAUAUAAAACGAAAUAAUAAGAAAAUGAAUGAUCGCAAUUAGGUAAUUGAAUCGGAAUCUCGUUUAGUUUCCAAUGCGCUUCGGGCGGUGCGAUUCACAAAACAAAGAUUUUGGAUUUUCCGAAAUAUAAUAAUUUGUAUAUAUUUGUACAGUGAAGUAGGUUAUGUUGAGUGGUAUGAGUAAGGUCAUAAGUGGUCAGUUCUGUGCAGUAACACUUGUUCCGUGAACGUGCUGUUGUUUAUUACAAUUUGUUAUUAACGUUAGGUAUUCAGUUAUAAUUGCGGAAAGUGUUUGGUGUUUCGUUGCAGUUGCCUCCUUAUUAAAUUUUUGAUAAAAACAAGUAACAAAAUGCGCUUUGCCACGGCGAUCUUUUGCUUAUUACUUGUGAGAGCCACUCCUCAAAAAACGUUGCCAAAUGUACAGCAACGUUUCGGUGUCGCGAUCGAAGCAAUCUUUGGGGUUGGAAUACGCUUGCAAGUGCUGUUGGAUGAUCCAAGUACAGAAUCCCAAAGAAAUUUCUUAGUUUCGCCUUUGAGUGCGACUUUACUACUAUCUCAACUGAUGCUAGGCGCCGAUCAGGAUUUUAGGAUCGAAUUGCACAAUCUCUUAUCUUUACCCAACAAUACCGACCACAACCAGGCGAUGAUUAAGUAUUAUGGACACCAUGGAAACAAGACCUUUAAGCUCCCUUACGCGAAAUUACAUUCACAAAUGGGAAAUCUUAUUAGAGAGCUUAACAAGAGGGACCAUACAAAGUCGUUCGUGCUGAACUGCAGCAGCGGACUCUUUUAUAACUCACAGUUUAAGUUACUGGAUAAUUUUAAGCACAACCUCCACAUUUACGAAACGGCACUUCAGCCUUUGAACUUUUCAACCGAUCCCACCACGUCUAGAAGGGUUAUAAACGACUGGGCAGCCGAACAAACUAGGGGAGUCAUUAAGUCAAUAUUACCAGCUACUUUGCCUCGAACUACGGCAGCCAUUUUUAGCAAUGCCAUAUAUUUCAAAGCAGACUGGGAAACGCCGUUCAGUUACGAAUUAAACACCAUAGCUCCAUUCCAUACAGGUCCACAGCAAACCGUCAACGUCGAAUACAUGCAGGGCAUUUUCGAUAACCUGCUCUACGUCGAAAGCUCAGAAUUGCGCUGCAGAAUUGUUAGGUUACCGUACAAAAAUGACGAAGUGGCAAUGUAUUUCAUCCUGCCAACCCCUGACGACGGCAAGGAAUACAAUAUCCGCAAGUUCACGGCCGACUUAAAUCCCAAGGACGUAAUUCAGCUUUUGGCACAAAUGAAAAAGUCUAAAGUUGCACUUCAAGUUCCCAAAUUUAAGAUAGUGAACAAUUUAAGCGUAUUAGAUCCCUUGCAGAGGUAUCGCGUGUUCGAAAGGUUAUACAGAAAUGUGUUGAAGACGAAGGCUCAAGGUGGUGAUCCGGUCGAUAUAAUUCAAAACAGAAUUGAUCUAUACAACGCUCUAAGGACGACCGAAAAGGUCGACAUAGCACUAAACGAGGCGGCCGAACAACCAGUUAAAAUUUCGAACAUUUUCCAACAGGUGAGCCUCUCGGUGGACGAAAAGGGCACGGAGGCUGCGGCGAUAAGUGCAAGUGUUAUUGACUAUAUUGGCGGUACAAAGUCAUUUAGGCUGGAGAGGCCUUUUUCGUUCCUCAUAGAGCACGAACCCACAUCGGUCGCGUUAUUUUGGGGCACCCUUGCCGAUCCCACGCAAAUUAUGCAGCUUUAACUUAUUUGGUAGUUCCUUAAAAAUAGAUUUAGCACUAAUUGGUACUGUAAUUUAUUUAUAGUUUAUAAUUGGUUCGCAUUGUUUGUACUUCUUAAUGAAAAAUGCAAUUAUUCAUUCAUUAAGGCGGCGAAUGUGAACUUUUACGAUGAAUAGAACAACUAAUUCAAGAAAA